AUGCCCGUCGGCAUAAAAACGCCCUCCAACCAGAUCAAAUUCACAAAUGUGUCCAUCGUGCGAUUAAAAAAGGGCAAAAAGCGAUUUGAGCUCGCAUGCUACAAGAACAAGCUGCUGGAAUACCGGUCCGGUGCAGAAAAGGACCUGGACAAUGUCCUCCAGGUUCACACCGUGUUUCUGUCCGUGUCCAAGGCCCAGACCGCCCCUGCCGCCGAGUUGGCCAAGGCGUUUGGGCCCGAUGUCCCUAUGGACGAGAUCAUCCAGGAAAUUCUGCGCAAGGGCGAAGUCCAGGUAGGCGAGCGUGAGCGGAAGGAGAUCCUCGAGCGGGUCGAGAAGGAAGUGGUCGACAUCGUAUCGGCAAGACUCGUCGAUCCUGCCACCAAACGCGUCUAUCCGCCGGGCAUGAUCGAGAAGGCGCUGAAUCAGCUGGCGGUGGAGAGCGGACGUCACGAGAGAGGGGCGGAUACUCCCACGGAGCCGGCAGAGAACGGGGAGCAGCAGCCACAACAGCAGCAACAACGAAAGCCUCUCUGGAAGGGCUUCUCGACGACCAAGUCGGCCAAGAGCCAGGCCCUGGAGGCGAUGAAGGCCCUGAUCGCAUGGCAGCCCAUCCCCGUGAUGCGGGCACGAAUGCGACUGCGGGUGACGUGUCCGGUGCCGUUGCUGAAGCAGUCGGUCAAGGCUGGGGCAGCCUCAGCGGCAUCGAACAAGGACUCAUCCGGCGGAGCAGGGAAAUCCAACAACAAGAAGGGCGGAAAGGGCAAAUCCAAAAAGCAGCAGCAAGACUCUGAUUCCGAAGAAGGACCGGAGCAAGAGCAAGAGCAGGCGCCCAAAGCGCCAGCCACGGUCAAGGAGAAGAUCCUGAGUUAUAUCGAGUCUGUCGAGUCGGAGGACGUCAUGGGCGACGAGUGGGAGGUCAUUGGCUUCGCCGAGCCCGGCGCGUUCAAGGGGCUCGGCGAGUUUGUUGGAGGAGAGACGCGGGGACGGGGGAGAGUCGAAGUACUGGAUAUGGCGGUGACGCAUGAAGAUUAG